AUGUUGGCAUAUAAAGUGGACGUAAAUACCCAAAUCGGUGCAAAUAACAAAUACAUUCUAGAAAUCACGGGGUCUCUCUCCCCCACUCCAUCUCCCUUUUCUUCCCUCUCUCUUUCGUUUAUAACCUCUGGACAUCCCCUCUCCUCCCCCUCUUCAUUUCUGUCCUUAGGAAUUGAUCUCCAGUUUCCUCCGAGUCCAUACCCAUAUCUCAUAAACCAUAACUCAUAA